AUGGCAAGUCCAGAUAAAAGGAAGAUAUGUAAAGCCAAAAAAACAAUGACUGCAAGUUGCCAGAAGCAAGUACAUUUACUGAAUAAGUCAAAGAAUAUUGAAGCACUGGAAAUAGCAGCAGUUGGGAAUAAUGUGUCAAGUACUAAAGAGAAUUCAAAAUCUUGUGUCAUAAAUAGCAAGCAUGAACAGUCUGAAAAGGUUUCCUCCAUGAGCUCUGACAAAAAUUCAGUAUUUUCUCAAAAUAUAAUUAAGCAACUAGAAAAUGUUUAUAUAGGACCAAGAUUGGGAUAUACUGAAAAACAAGCUGUGUACCCUAACCAAAAGUCAAGUAAAGCAGUAGAUUUCCCCUUUCUACUGAUUCCACAAAAAGCAAAGUACUCACAAGCUGUUUCUGAAAACCAUUGUGAAUUCCACACAGAAGCUACAAGAUCCUUUUGUGACCAUGAAGAGAAAAAUGAUAAUAAAGUGAAAUCCGUUUAUCCUCCAUCCAUUGCAUUGAAUGGUGAAGCUAAAAUUCCAAAGUCUACAGUGACCGAUAGCUCAGAUGGGAAGAGAAUUAUCAAGAUGAUUUCCUGUUUAGAAAAAGAUUCCAAUUCUGAGCCACCUGGUAAAAGUCAAUGUAAUUUAAAUCCAAACACCCAUUUUGUGCCAAUUGAUAAAAUACCAAAGUUGGCAAGUCCAGUCGUUUUUAAUAAUUCUGCUGCUGACACUGCAAAAAGUGAAGAACCCAGUAGAACCUGUUAUCCCAGCAUUAUAAAUUCUAAAUAUUUGGACACAACAGUGAGGCUUUCAUCACUUGACACUGAUAGUAAUAACAGCCAUAAUCAAGAGAAAAGGGUGUUUCCAAACCACAACGAAAAUGUUAAGCGCAUGAAGAUUUCAGAGCAAAUUAAUGAAAAUAUUUGUGUAAAUCAGGAAAAGAAAACAGCAUUGUUGGAAAAGGUCAGACAUUUGGUUCGACAGGAGAUUUCUAGUGUAAAUUGCACAGUAUUUGAUAACAAAUUGAAAGAACUGACUGAACGCAUGGAGAAAAUACAGUUAAGUAAUAAUAAACAAGAAGCAAGAGCUGGUGAACUCUUCGUUACAAAUUCAGAGACCAUGAAUUUGGAUAGGAUUGAAGAAUCACUUAAGACUCCAGAUGAGAGAAAAACUUCUGUAACCAACGAAUCUUGUCAUUCUUCUGUAAAAGCAAGUGAAAAGAUUGAUUUGUCACGAGAUCAUGUGAAAGCUAUCUCUGAAAGUAACAAUGAUGUAAUAUUGAUUCCUGCGGAAAAUCCUAAUUUGACAUCUUCACUUACAUCAAAUACAACAGGUUCUGAAAAAAUCAUAUCCAGAAUUUCUAACCACUUACCUUGUGCUGAAAGUGAAGCUACGCCUAUAAAGAAAACACUUGAUUCUGUGAUUGAUCUGACAACAGAAAGCCUAUCAAUGUGCGACAACAAAGAAAAUCUAGUGUCUGCCAUGGAGUCAUUUGCAGAAACUGCUUCAAGUUCAAAAGAGACCAGCCUGUUGUCUCUCAAUACAACCCAGGUUCCUGAGUCCUUCGCACACCUACCCCACCUCCCAGAACCUCUGCCACCACUGCCUGAACUGGUGGACAAGAUCCGAGACACGCUGCCACCACAGAAGUCUGAGCUCCGAGUGAAACGGGUAUUGAGACCCCAUGGCAUUGCUCUGACCUGGAACAUCACCAAAAUCAACCCUAAAUGUGCUCCAGUGGAAAGCUACCACCUCUUUUUAUGCUACGAGAACUCUAAUAAAAAGUUGACCUGGAAGAAAAUUGGAGAAAUUAAGGCCUUACCACUCCCAAUGGCCUGUACUUUAUCUCAGUUUUUAGUUUCCAACAAAUACUAUUUUGCAAUUCAAUCCAAAGAUAUUUUUGGGCGCUAUGGACCGUUCAGUGAUAUCAAAUCUCUCCCUGGACUUUCGGAAAAUCUGACAUAAACAUUUGCUUUGUCUUU